GCACCUCCUAAUCCUCGCAGGGCUUCCUCAUGCAAUAUAAAGUGAGCACCUUAAUGAGCUUUCUAGCAAACACAGAGAGAGAGAGAGAGAGAAUGGAUUUCUUGCUGUUGACUUUGGGGCUCUACCUCUCCUGGGGGUUGCUCCGGGCCCUCCUCUACAUUGCAAACAGAGGUAAAUCGAGCAAAGUUGUGAAGCUGCCGCCAGGUCCGCGGCCGCUCCCGGUGAUUGGGAACCUACUCGAGCUCGGUUCCCUACCCCACAAGUCCCUAGCCAAGCUUGCCAGUGCCCAUGGUCCCAUCAUGAGCCUGAAGCUGGGCAGCAUCACCACUGUGGUCGUCUCCUCAGCUCCAGUGGCACGAGAGAUCCUCCAGACCCAUGACGUCUCCUUCUCUAACCGCGUGAUCGCUGAUACUUUAACAGCUUUCCGCCAGGAUGAGCUCGGGAUGCCUUGGAUCCCAGUUGCUCCGCUCUGGAGGAACCUCCACCGGAUUUGCAACGUCCACCUUUUCGCACCCAAGGCCCUUGACUCAAGCCGACAAAUCCACUGCCGAAAAAUCCAGGAGCUCCUGGAUUACAUCGGGAAGUACAGUAAGACUGGAAGCUCGGUGGACAUUGGCGAGGCGGGAUUCACGACUAUGCUUAACCUUCUGGGAAACACGAUCCUCUCAGUGGACCUGGCGGACCCCACCUCCGAAUCGGCCAAGGAGUUCAAGGAGUUAGUGUGGCACAUCAUGGUGGAGGCGGGGAAGCCAAACCUGGCGGACUACUUCCCAGUGCUCAAGAGGUUGGACCCGCAGGGUGCCAGGCGGAGGAUGACUGGUUACUUCGGGCGGAUGUUCGAUGUUUUCAAUAGGAUCAUCAAUGAGAGGCUGCAGGUCAGGGAGAUCCCUGGCUCCGUCAGGAACAACGAUAUGUUGGAUACUCUGCUUGAGCUUAGUGAAGAUAAAAGAGAGCGGAUGGAUCUACUUCUAAUGAAGCACCUGUUCCUCAACCUCUUUGCUGGGGGGACUGAUACCACUUCAAGCACGUUGGAGUGGGCGAUGGCUGAGCUGCUUCGCAAUCCCGAGAAGCUAUUGAAAGCACAGGCCGAGCUCGAACAGGUGAUUGGCCGGGGGAACCCUGUUGAGGAAUCUGACAUUGCUCGACUACCGUACUUACGGGCAACGGUGAAGGAGACCCUAAGGAUGCACCCAGCCGUCCCAUUGCUCAUCCCCCGUAGGGCUGGAGCCACUGUGCAGGUCGGCAGCUACACCAUCCCUGAGGGCGCACAAAUCCUGGUCAAUGUCUGGGCCGUAGGCAGAGAUCCGGACACGUGGAAGGACCCGAACAAGUUUAUUCCAGAGAGGUUCUUGGGACUGGACAUUGAUGUCAAGGGACAGAAUUUCGAGCUCUUGCCGUUUGGCGGAGGGCGGAGAAUAUGCCCGGGCCUACCGCUGGCCAUAAGAAUGUUGCACCUGAUGCUCAGUUCACUCCUUAACUCCUUUAAUUGGGAGCUCGAAGAUGGGGUUUCUCCAGAAACCAUGGAUAUGGAAGAGAUGUUCGGGAUAACCUUAAAAAAGGCUCAACCAGUCCGAGCUGUGCCGUUACCGAUCACCAAAUAAUCUUGAAAACAAGAAACUUAUAUGUAGUCAGCGCCAUUAUUUAGGGGAUUAUGGCCUCGGACCGUAUAUAAUAAAUUGCCAUCGGAAGAGGCUUAGUUUAUAGUUCUUACAUGCUAAGAAUGUGUUUGAUUUUAGAGUUGAAUUUAGUUAAGUUUUAGUUUUAAUUGAUUUGUAAUGAUUGUAUUGUUGAAUUAUGAGAAAAAGUGUAAA